AUGGGCAUUAUAGUCUCAAUUCCUCAAAUCGAGGGACUCAGGACUGUUCUGCCCCUGUCCUCUACGACUUGUUCUACCUCGUACGCUUUCGAUCCUGCCCAAACCAGUGAUUUCGCUGUCUCUACCAGGAACUUCGAUAAUUCUAAUAUCGAAAGUACCCUUGUCGUUACCGUUGCCGCCGCCCAGACGGGUGAGGUUCCGUCUGCAGAUGGGACUGAUGUUAUAUGGGUCAGGCCUUCGGACUUUACAGAAACAGUCACGACGUAUCUAAGUACGGAGACCGUGACGAGCACGAUCAGCUCGACCAAAUUGAUUACUGCCACGGCUAAGGUUGUAGCGAGUAAUUGCCCUACCACCACAGCCACAACUUCGGAUACAAUUAAAUUAACGGCCUUAACUAAGGUCUACACUUCAGAAACUGUGGGGACGCCAGCACACUCAAGUCCGCCACCAGUUUCGUCUGACUACGGCAUUCCUUCGUCGAGCGGGUUACCUGAAAAUGGAGCACAUGUCAUUCAAACCUACAUCUCGAUUCUCUCAAAUCCACGAGCAGAUAUUUCUUCUGGGUACGGCACAUCCUCAUACAGCAGGCUACCAGGAAGUGGAGCACUCUCUCCUCAAAGCUCGCUCUCUAGAUUUGUCACACGAUCAACCAAAAGUCGCUCCUCAACUUUUGUCUCUGGAAGCGAAGCAUCCACACUUCACAGCGUAAUCGCUGCCAUUUCAAACAAACAUCCACCUGUGAGCAAAAAACCCCCUGUCGCUACCGUGCGAUAUACGCAUCCUACUCGCGCGACUUCAAUGUCCCAGCUCGACCGAGGAAGUCUUACCGUUAGAGGACACGGUGUUGCUUACGGCGAAGCGGACUACACACUGUCAUCCAAGGGCCCAUCGGUAGACGUGACAUACCAUGCAACAGUGACCGGGACCGAAAAACCCUCAACUAUCCCAGGUCCAAUUUACUGGCACCAUACGACAACUUUGACGAAGACCGAAGAUGUCACGACUACCACUGUUUACACAAGCGCAAUCACGAAUCACACGAUUCGAGCCCAACUUUUCCUACUUCUUGCACAUCAGCAAUCCCCAAUCCAGAUCCUCCCGCAAAUGAUACUUGCGCAGAAGACGGCCUACUGGAAUACAUUGCGAAGGCAGAGGAGAGCAAUAGCAACCCACACCUACAAACAUCAUGCCACCGCUAUCUCAAUCCUCCCUACCAACGUUGACAAGUCUUCCGCCCAAUAUCAGAAAAAUGACCAACACAUGGGCGAAGUCAUGGCGCGGAUGCAGGAGCUACACAAGAAGAUCGAGGGGGGAGGCUCGGCGAAGGCCAGGGAGAAACAUAUAGCCAGGGGCAAGAUGCUGCCACGGGAUCGAGUCACCGCCCUGACUGAUGUCGGAAGCUCUUUCUUGGAGCUCUCUGCUCUUGCUGGACAUGAAGUCUACCCUGGGGACGACGUGCCCGCUGGCGGUAUCAUUACGGGUGUGGGGAGUGUACAGGGUGUACAGUGCAUGAUUGUGGCCAACGAUAGCACAGUCAAAGGAGGCACCUAUUACCCAAUUACCGUGAAGAAACAUCUUAGAGCACAAGCAAUCGCCCAGGAAAAUCGCCUCCCAUGUAUCUAUCUCGUCGACUCGGGCGGCGCAAACCUCCCUCACCAAGCGGACGUUUUCCCUGACCGAGACCACUUCGGUCGCAUCUUCUACAACCAAGCUCGAAUGUCGUCAAUGAACAUACCCCAAAUCUCCGUCGUAAUGGGCCCAUGCACCGCCGGGGGCGCCUACGUCCCCGCGAUGUCCGAUGAAUCCAUCAUCGUUGAAAACCAAGGCACGAUAUUUCUCGCCGGACCUCCCCUUGUCAAAGCAGCAACUGGCGAGAUAGUUACGGCGGAAGAGCUGGGUGGUGGGAAACUGCAUAGCGAGGUUUCUGGCGUGACGGACUAUCUCGCUGUGGAUGAUGCUCAUGCUUUGGUGCUCGCAAGGAGGUCUGUUGGGAAUUUGAACUGCCCGCGUACCAAGAACAAGGUUGUGGUGUUCAAGGAACCGCUAUAUGAUCCGGAGGAGCUGGCUGGUAUUGUUGGCACGAACUUGAAAACUCAAAUUCCGGCCCACGAGAUCAUCGCUCGCAUUGUCGAUGGUAGCGAAUUUGCCGAAUUUAAACGCGACUAUGGCACCACGCUCGUCACUGGCUUCGCACGCAUCUAUGGCCAACAAGUUGGCAUUAUUGCAAACAACGGCAUCUUGUUCUCCGAAUCCUCCCUCAAAGGCGCGCACUUCAUACAGCUCUGCUGUCAAAGAAACAUCCCUCUUGUCUUUCUGCAGAACAUCUCAGGUUUCAUGGUGGGCAAGGAUGCAGAGGCAGGUGGCAUCGCGAAGAAUGGAGCCAAACUCGUGACUGCGGUUGCUUGCGCAGAUGUGCCGAAAUUUACGGUGGUCGUUGGGAGUAGUGCUGGGGCGGGGAAUUAUGGCAUGUGCGGCCGAGCCUACUCCCCUCGCUUCCUCUGGAUGUGGCCCAACGCCAAAAUCGGCGUCAUGGGUCCGCAGCAAUUGUCCUCGGUGAUGGAGGCGGUGGGCAAGACGGUAGAUCCGGAGUUGAAAGAUCGCAUCGAGCGAGAAAGUGAUGCCGUGUUCUCGUCCGCAAGGCUGUGGGAUGAUGGUGUCAUUCCGCCUGCGCACACAAGGAGGGUACUAGGGCUCGGCUUGAGGGCUGCGAUGGGCGCUGAGGGGGUAGGAUGGGAGGGUCAGAGGGAGGGGAGCAGGUUUGGACUUUUUAGGAUGUGA